AUCGACCUUCAUAAUUUGUAUAUUGUGUCUUUAAACCAGUCGGCAAUCACAACUUACAGUGGCUGGUGAACUGAAUUACUGUAUUAAAUUACCGAUCGACAAUAAUAAGUUACACGUUAUAGUGUCAGUUUGUAUCAUAACCACCGAAUAACCGCGUAACUGUUUGAGUGCGCAUAUAACCUUAUACUCUAUAUGCUCGUGAAACUGAACUAGGAAUAUACGUAGUAAUGUUUUCUACAACUAGAAUAAGUAAUAAAUUGUGCCCUAAUACCAUACUGAAAUGGAUUUUCAAAAACCAGGAAGGAAAAGGGAUAGCAUCAUUGGCGUCACUGUCAGAAACACAUCAAUUGUUAUACAAAACAUGCAGGGAUUUUGCUGAAGGAGAACUUAAACCUAUAGCUGCAAAAACUGAUCGUGAAAAAUUGUUCCCUAAAAAACAGAUCGAAGAAAUGGGCGAAUUAGGCCUUAUGGCUGUUUGUAUUCCCGAAAAUGUUGGAGGGACGGGUCUUGAUUAUUUAUCUUAUGCUAUUGCCACGGAACAGAUUUCUAGAUGCUGCGCUUCGGCUGGUACUAUAAUGGCCGUGCAAAAUAUUUACGUCAACGCUAUAAACAAUUUCGGUAACGAUAAACAGAAAGAAGAAUUCCUACGACCAUUUACGGAUGGGAAACAAAUAGGUUCAUUUUCUUUGAGCGAGCCAGGACUAGGAAGUGAUGCUAGUGCUGUGUCGACAAAAGCUACGAAAAAGGGUUCUAACUAUAUAAUCAAUGGAACGAAAUCCUGGACUACGAAUGGUUUCGAAUCCAAAGGAUUAGUCCUAUUCGCAUCCACUGAUAAAUCAAAAAAACACAAAGGGAUUAGUUGCUUUUUGUUGAAAAAAACUUUUCCAGGGUUUUUCGUGGGGAAAAAAGAAGACAAAUUGGGCAUACGAGGAUCGUCGACGUGUGGCUUGGUAUUCGAAGACUGCCCCGUACCCGAAGAAAAUGUCUUAGGCGAACUGGGAAAGGGUUUCAAUUAUGCGAUGAUAACUUUAGACGCAGGCCGCAUAGGAGUCGCCGCCCAAGCUUGUGGUAUCGCCCAAGCGUCCUUGGAGCUAGCUGUCGAUUACGCUUCCAAAAGAAACUCGUUCGGAGUGCCGAUUGCCAAAUUACAAUUGAUACAGAACAAAAUCGCUGAUAUGGCGUUGAGAGUGGAGAGCGCCAGGCUUUUGACGUGGCGUGCGGCUCAUCUAAAAGACUCGAACGCGUCGCACUCGAAAGAAGCCGCCAUGGCCAAGUUAGCGGCGUCUGAGGCGGCCACGUACAACGCGCACCAGUGCAUACAGGUGUUGGGCGGUAUGGGUUACGUGUCAGACAUGCCGGCCGAGAGGUAUUACCGCGAUGCCAGGAUAACGGAAAUUUACGAGGGAACGUCCGAGAUCCAGAAGAUAGUGAUCGCUGCCAACGUGUUCAAAGAGUAUGGAGUGUAGACAAGCAUAUUCAUGUUAACCUAUUACCUACAUGAAUAUAUGUUUUAAUUUUUAAGCAUAUAAUAAAAAACCAUUGUAUAUUAAAUGCCAAAUAAAAUAUGCUAUGCAGUAUACAAUA